AUGAAACGAAAAGAAACUUUCGACGCGUCGGCAUUCGUCCCGAAGCUAAAAAAAAAGAAAGAAAAUAAAAUAAAAGAAGAGCCCGAAUCUGGAGCUGCUAAACCACCAGGCAAACCUGAUAAAAAGUCAAAAUUCAGCAAACCAUCCAAGCCUCCUUCAAAGUUUGAUAAAAAAGGACCCAAGUAUGAAAGCAAUACCGAGGAAUCAACUGAGAAGCCCGACUGGAAGGUGAUUAAAAAAGAGCGCAAAGAAUUGCGCGCAAAACGUAAGUCCAAAAAACUAGAAAAUAUUUACGACAUUUCCAUCGAGGGGAAAAAAAUCGACGAACAAAUGCGCCGCAAAGACUGUCCUCCAGAAGAACGUACCGAGCUGUGCCAAAAGCUCUUCAAACUCUUCGAAGGAAACCUCGUCAAGUUAGUUUUCACCCACGAUAUUUCUCGGGUGAUUCAAAUCCUCAUAAAAUACAGCUCAGCUGAAAUGCUGGCGACUGUCGCUGCGGAGUUGAAGCCUUCAUUCCUGAACAUGAUCCAGUCAAAGUAUGCGCGGAAUUGCAUCAAGAAAUUUUUUAAAUACGGCAAUGACCAAAUUCGUAGCGAUAUUUUCGCCGCUUGCGAGGGUCACGUUGUCCAGCUGAUGAGUCACUCAGUUGCCGCGCCGAUUAUGGAUUAUAUUUUGUACAAGAAGAACAAAAAAGACAAGAAUAAAAAGUGCUGGGCUUCAGAGCAGGUUAGAAGCACCUUCAAGCAAGAAUUUUACGGUAAUAUGUACAGAACUUCCAAGGACUCUUCUGUUAAAUGUUUAUCAGACGUGUUUGCUAAAGCUCCGGACAUGAAAUCUGCAACUUUGUCUGCUGUUAAAAUGAACGUCACAAAAAUAUUAAGCAAGAAUCCAAAUUGUUUGUUAAUUCAUUCUGUUUUAGCAGAAUAUUUGACCAUUUGCGAGGUUAAUGACCGCGCUGAGUUGAUAGGAACUCUGAAAGAGUCAGUGGUGGAAUUGUUGGCGACUAAAGAUGGUGCCAAGGUUGCGAUGAUCUGUAUGUGGCAUGCAACUGCUAAAGAACGGAAGGCUAUGUUGAAGGUGAUGAAAGAACAAAUCAAAGAAAUUGCGACUUCAGAGUAUGGAUAUUUAUUUCUUCUUGCUAUGUUGGACUCUGUUGAUGACACUGUCUUGGUCAAGAAGAUAUUUGUCCCUGAAUUUUUGAGUCAUUUGCAGGAGAUAGUAGCGAGCGAGCAUGGAAAGAAGGUUGUUUUGUACUUGGUAGCGCGAAGAGACACUCAUUAUUUUCAUCCUGCUUUGAUAAGUAUUCUGAGUGAAGGAGACAAUAAUUUAACCAGCAAAAAAUCACCGGAUAUAAGAGAGAAGGAGUUGUUGGAAGCGGUGAUUGAACCGAUGUUGGAGUCUAUUGCUGGAGAUGUCAAUUCCUGGUUGGCAGAUGGUCCGGUUAUGCUGGUGACCCACGCGGUCUUGAAGGCUGCUUCUGGAAAUGAGAAGCUGGUUGACGCUUGGAAUGCUAUUGCUGAUUUUUUGGUGAAUGAGGAGUCUACUCUGAAGCACGAGGAGGCUGAUAUCAAGGCUGUGGAACACCCUGCGCUUCAUCUGGUGCUGAAGAAGCUGAUUGUCGCGGAUAAAGAGAGGGUGGAGAGAGAAGAAACUUCAUUUGGAGACUUGCUUGUGCAGAAAAUGAGCAGUGAUGUUAUCAAGCGGUGGGUUGAAUAUAACAGAGCUUGCUUCUUGAUUGUUUUAUUGCUGGAAAAUGAACGUGAAACGGUGGUGAGGGAGCUUAAGGGUAAGUUGAAGGAUUUAGUUAAGGAGAUCAAGAGUAAGAAGCAUAAGGGUGCUGAUGUUUUAUUGAAGAAAAUAAAAUAG